GCCCUCUUCAUAAGGCGCGGCCGCCGCCCCCCCGGCAGCCCCGCACGCCAUGGCCGAGCGCCGCGUCCCCUUCACCUUCCUGCGCAGCCCCAGCUGGGACCCCUUCCGCGACUGGUACCAUGGCAGCCGCCUCUUCGACCAGUCCUUCGGGAUGCCCCACAUCCCCGAGGAUUGGUACAAGUGGCCCAGCGGCAGCGCCUGGCCGGGAUAUUUCCGCCUGCUGCCCCGGGAGAGCGCGCUGAUGCCCGCGCCCGGCUCGCCCUUCGGGCAGGCGCUGAGCCGCCAGCUCAGCAGCGGCAUCUCCGAGAUCCGCCAGACCGCCGACAGCUGGAAGGUCACCCUGGAUGUCAACCACUUCGCACCGGAGGAGCUGGUGGUCAAGACCAAGGAUAAUAUCGUGGAGAUCACCGGCAAACACGAGGAGAAGCAGGAUGAACACGGCUUCAUCUCCAGGUGCUUCACCCGAAAAUACACCCUUCCCCCUGGUGUUGAAGCCACGGCCGUGCGGUCCUCUCUGUCUCCCGAUGGAAUGCUGACGGUGGAGGCCCCCCUGCCCAAACCUGCCAUCCAGUCUGCCGAAAUCACCAUCCCCGUCACCGUGGAGAGCCAAGCCAAGGAGCCGGCCAAGAAGUAGGCGGCACCGAGGAGGAGGAGGAGGAGGAGAAGCCGCGCUGC